UUGAAUUCCCUCCAACUUUCUUGCUAUCUUGAUCAGCUCUCAUCUUUCACAGCCACAUCCCGGUAAAGUUCUACAGAACAAAAAAAGAGAGAAUGUGGAGGCUCAAGAUUGCUGAAGGUGAUGGGCCGCACCUCUUUAGCACCAACAAUUUUGUUGGUAGACAAUUUUGGGAGUUCGAUCCUGAUGCUGGGACACCGGAAGAGCAAACGGAAGUGGAACAAGCUCGAGAGUACUACAAGAAAAACAGCAGAAGAGGUCCAACCAGUCGGCCUUGGCCUAGUGGUGAUCUUCUUACGCGAAUGCAGCUCAAAAAGGAAAACAAGCAUAUUGAUCUAAGCUUACCCCCGGUGAGAUUUAGGCCAGACGAAGAAGUGAAUUAUGAAGGACUGACGACUGCUUUAAGGAAAGCUGUGCGAUUACAUUGCGCCAUCCAAGCAAGUGAUGGGCACUGGCCAGCUGAACAUUCUGGCCCGAUGUUUAUCACACCUGCCCUGAUCAUCAUGCUGUAUAUUAGUGGAACAAUAAGUACCUUCCUAACGGAAAUGCACAGAAAGGAGCUAAUUCGAUUCAGCUAUCUUCAUCAAAACGACGAUGGUGGGUGGGGAUUCCAUCUAGAGGGCCACAGCACCAUGAUUGGUACGGCGCUAAAUUACGUUGCAUUACGUCUGCUUGGAGAAGGGCCUGACGAUGGGGAAAACAAAGCGAUGACCAGAGCCCGGGAGUGGAUAAUCAGCAAUGGUGGUGCAACUGGGAUCCCAUCUUGGGGGAAACUUUAUUUGUCAGUGUUAGGAGUUUAUGAAUGGUCGGGCUGCAAUCCGUUACCUCCUGAAUUUUGGCUUCUCCCUUCUUUUUUGCCAUAUCAUCCAGCAAAAAUGUGGUGCUAUUGUCGCACAGCUUACAUGCCUAUGUCGUACUUAUAUGGGCGGAAAUAUCAUGGGCCUAUCACCGACCUGGUUAAGUCGUUGAGGCGGGAAAUUCAUACUACGCCCUAUGAGGAAAUAGAUUGGAACAAAGCACGCCAUGACUGUUGUAAGGCAGAUCUUCACUACCCUCAUGUCUUCAUACAAGAUGUACUCUGGGAUUGUCUUCAUUACUUGGGUGAGCCACUCAUGAACUGCUGGCCCCUUAACAAGAUCAGAAAGAGAGCUUUAGAAAAAGCACUGAAGCAUAUGCAAUAUUCAGCGGAGAACAGCAGAUACAUUACCACAGGAGCUGCGGAAAAGAGCCUACAAAUGAUGUGUUGGUGGGCAGAGGAACCAAAUAGUGAUGAGUUUAAAAACCAUCUUGCCAGAGUUCCUGACUGGUUAUGGCUUGCAGAAGACGGGAUGAAAAUGCAGAGUCUGGGUAGUCCGCUUUGGGAUUGUACUUUCGCAACUCAGGCACUUCUUUCCAGCCGUAUGAUUGACGAAUGUCUUCCUUCCCUAAAGAAAGCACAUUUUUAUAUUAGAGAAUCACAGGUAAAAGAAAAUCCAAACGGAGAUUUCAAGAGUAUGUAUCGAAACAUGAGCAAAGGAGCAUGGUGCUUAUCCGAUCGAGAUAACGGUUGGGCAGUUUCCGACUGCACAGCAGAGGCAUUGAAAUGCCUACUGUUGCUUUCGCAAAUGCCACCAGAAAUUGUCGGAGAAAAAGUUGACGAGGAGCUUCUAUAUGCUGCUGUGAAUUUUUUACUUUCCGUACAAAGCCCUAUAAGUGGAGGUUUUGCUAUCUGGGAGCCACCGAUUCCUCAACCGUAUAUGCAGGCGCUGAACCCUUCAGAAUGUUUCGCUGACAUUGUGAUCGAGAUAGAGCACGUCGAAUGCACUGGAUCCAUCAUCCAAAGUCUCGUAACAUUCAAAAGUUCACAUCCGUCAUAUCGGGCAGAGGAAAUAGAAAUUGCAGUGGCAAGAGCAACAUAUUUUCUGGAGCAGAGACAACAGCCUGAUGGUUCUUGGUAUGGCUAUUGGGGAGUUUGCUUCGUCUACGGCACAUUUUUCGUACUCAGAGGACUGGCUUCAGUUGGAAAGACGUACAACAACAGCGAAGCUGUCCGUCGAGGUGUUCGGUUCUUGCUUUCGACACAAAAUAAAGAGGGUGGCUGGGGAGAAAGCCUUGAAUCUUGCCCAUCUGUGAAAUAUCAACCGCUAGAAGGAAAUCAAACGAACUUCGCGCAAACAUCAUGGGGUCUGUUGGGACUUCUUUUUUCUGGACAGGCUGAAAGAGAUCCAGCCCCGUUGCACAAAGCCGCAAAGGUCUUAAUCAACGCGCAGCAGGACGACGGUGACUUUCCCCAACAGGAAAUCACCGGAGUGUCCUUGAGGAACUUGAUGAUCCAUUAUGCACACUACAAGAACGUUUUCCCGUUGUGGGCGCUGGGAGAGUAUCGGAACCGUGUUUGGCCAGAGCCCCAGAAAGUUUGAGUUUCGGCUUCCGAUUUCGAAGCAUUCUUCAACGGUUUCCACAUCGAUCUAUUAGAAGAUUCAAUAGCUUGUUUUGGCGAUCACAUCAAAAAAGUGUUAUAUGCCACAAUGUUAUAAUCUACAUACUUACAAUGUUUUAAAAUAAGAAAGUCCCUUCC